UUCGUGCAUGCGCAUUAACCAACAUUCCUCUUGAUUCUCGUGAUGGCAGCCGGUGAUAAUCCUCAUAUUAAUUUGUUAUUGUGAGAAAGAAUAUGUGAUUAAUAAGUAUCUAUUUUUGAUUGUUGUGUAAUUUAUAAGACUGUAUUCGCUGAAUAAGCUGGAUAGAUAAACAACGUAACCUAAAAUAGUCAGGUCACAAGUAAAACGAUGACUGAACAAGAUACGAACAAUUCAGUUCCUCUCAGAGAACAACUUAUAACCACAGCAGUGAAGUUCCUCCUAAAUCCAAAAGUAGUUACAAGUCCUGUCAAGCAAAAGCAGGAUUUUUUGAGAAGAAAAGGGUUAACAGAAGAGGAAAUUCAGAGAGCUUGUGACUUGGCCAACGUAUCGAUUAAAAGCCAGAAUCAAAAUGAAUUUACAACUGUCACGAUACCACCAUCAGUGCAACCAUAUCCAUACUUUCAGCAGCAUUCCAUGCAGUCAACAUUGUUUUACAGAAUCAAAGAAUUCUUCAACGUAGCAGCUUUAAUUGGUGCCACUGUUUACUGUGUUUAUUGGUUUUACAAGAAAUUUAUCGCACCAUUCCUGUUCGGUAGCAAGAGACGCGAUCUUCCAAAAGAUCCCGUUGUCGAACUGGACCAAACAAUUCAGCGUUCUAUGAAAGAAGUCAAGGACUCGCUUUCCAAAAUGGAAGACGAUGUUCAAAAAUUGACGAAAAGUCAGUCCGUGGAUCCAACGAUUCCUCAGUUGGUCCAAGAAUUAAAACAAGAUUUAGCUAGUUUGAAAUCCUUACUUCUGUCAAAGAAACAAUUUCCAAGCGCACCGCCUUCUAUUCCUUCGUGGCAGCUGGACACAUCAAACCAAAACCAAGAAAAGUCCACUGAGCGAGAGGACGAUGCUGGCAGCGGAAGUAGUACCAACAACUCUGACAGCUCCUUGGAAAUGAUCCGAGAAGAUCCGCCCAAAGAGUGAAAGUACAAUCUACUACGAACAAAUUGCAAACGCUUCCUCUUCGACUGUCUUCGAUAUUUUAUAGAAGAAACACUGCCAUUCAAAAGCAGAUAAAUUGUAUAUUUUCACUGUGUUGAAUCGUAUACAUUAAACCAAAAUGUACAGAGACGUACGGAUAAUUAUUGCAUGACGGUGGCAGUACAAAGAACCAUACACAAUUAUGUUUUAGCGAAUAAACUCAAUGUUGUCUUUCUUAAUUAAUAAAUUCCCUUUUGUACAUACGCAUAAUAA